AUGAAGGUGGAAGAGAAGAGCUGUGAAGAAAACGUUCAGCAGAACGAGCGGCUGUGUCUCCUUGAGAAACAGCUUCAAUGCCUGAAGCAUCGCCUACGUCGUCCGGGCUCCGACGAGAUCAUGAAGCACUACAGGAGUGUCCAGGAAGACCUUUCUGCCCAGAUCAACGGCUUAAAGAUGAAGAAAUCCACGGAUGCUACCAGUGAGUGCUCCACACGGGCGAGCCGAUCUUGGUCUCUCCUCUCCUUCUUCACAUCAGAGGAGGCAGAACCUGAGGAGGCUCAAGAUGUUUUCAGUGUCUAA